UAUGAUUUAGUGAUUAGUAGAAAAUGACUAUCUGAACAACCAGGAGCAAAACAUAAUGUUAGUGCGUAUUGAUGUGGAACAUCAGCGAGCCAGCAUUCACAGUUCCUUAAACUGAAAUGUCUUCUGAAAAUUUGUUGAGCCUGCAAUAGCAUUUGAAGAACUGAAAGUAUUUCCUAUGUCGGCUCCCCAUCAGACAUCAGUAGUCAGCACACCUCUCCCUAUACCCACCCAUUUCUCUCAUGCCCAGCAGUCAUUUUCCCUAAAGAAACGGAGAUGUCCCUUCUCUUCCUCAUCAUCUUCCUCCCUGUCUCCUCCACGGUCAUUAUGUCAUUCUUUACCACCACGACCUCCAUCUAAAGGAUGCCCUCCACUCAGUCGAGUGUUCCACCACCGCCCCACUCCGUGGACUCCCCUGUCGCGCUCCCUUAUAGAGUCACCCCCUCCUCGAUCCGUGUACAAUCCAUCCCGACCCCAGACCUUUUUCGACCAGUGUUUUACCAAUCUGGGCCUGAUUGGACGAGGUUCCUUUGGUGAAGUUUUCAAGGUGGUGUGUCUUUUGGAUGGCUGUCAGUAUGCUGUCAAACGUUCAGUGCAGCGUUUCCGUGGUGAGGUUGAACGAGCAAGAAGCAUUGCUGAGGCUUGGAAUCAUGAGGGACUGCACCCACACCCUUAUGUGCUUGGCUUCAUUGCGGCUUGGGAGGAGGCUGGUCACCUCUACAUCCAGACUGAACUCUGCUGUACCAGCCUACUGCUAUACGCUGAGGAAACGCCUUUUCACACUGGUGAGACAAGUGCCUGGAUGUACCUGUGUGACAUGCUUUCAGCACUUGAUCACUUGCAUGCUCAUGGGUUUGCACACCUGGAUAUCAAACCAGCGAAUAUUUUCAUUACUAAGUCUGGACGGCUCAAACUUGGAGAUUUUGGCUUGUUGAUCAAGCUUCCUACAGAUGUCCAAAAACAAGUGAGAGAGGGAAAGAGAGAAAUGGAGACAGAGAAGGUUGAUUUACAGGAAGGAGACCCCAGAUAUAUGGCCCCUGAACUAUUGAGAGGGGAGUAUGGGACUGCCGCAGACAUUUUUAGUUUGGGUGUUUCUAUCCUGGAGUUGGCCUGUAACAUUGAGGUUCCUAAAGGAGGAGAUGACUGGCAGCAGCUCAGAAUGGGUCACUUACCAGCAGAAUUCACUUAUGCACUUUCAGAAGACAUGCAAUAUUUGCUACGGCUAAUGCUAAACCCAGAGGCCUGCAAAAGAGCCACCACACAACAGCUGCUCUCUCUUCCCUCUGUGUGUAAACGCAAGUGGAGACGACAGCUUUCCCUCUACAUCACUGAGAGCUUUCUAUCCUUAUUCCACUGGUGUCAGUCCCUUCUUACAGCCAGUUGGAAUUUCAUUUCCUCUCUCAAUCUGUUGUUUACCUCUGUUUAUGAGACCUCAUCAACCUGUACUCCUCCAAGAGAGAGGUGGGAGAGAGAUGCAGACAUGAGUAACAUUUACUACGACUCAGAAAGCCCCAUUCCUGACUUCGUGUUACCUCCAGACGAUCCUGAACACUCUCCUACAUUCACCCACAGUGUCCAGGAACGCAUAUCUGUUGGCAGUACUUCUACGCCACUGCCAGACACACAUAUCAACGACACACACACAUCAUUGCACCGCAAGCACACGCACUCUCCCUCCAGAAUCUCUUCCAGCAGCAGCUUGAGCCCGAUUCAUCACAGCUCCCAGCACAGUAUCACAGACUCACCCUGCAGUCGAGAGAGAAGCUGGAUCACUGCUGAACUGUCUGUUAAAAGUAACUUUGAGCCGAAAAACUUGCUUAGUCUUUUUGAUGAGGCCACCUAGAAAGCAAGCCUUGAGUUGUGAAUGCAGCACUCUAAUCAAUAUAGCCAAUGUGUAAUUGCUAAUUGCCAUCUGAUUUUUUGUAAGAUGAUAAUUUUCCUUUAUGUGGGGACAUAUUUAAAGUCAUUUAAACCUGGUUUGAUUUAUAGUUUUUCUUGUUGUUUUUGUUUGCUUUUUGGCUGGUGCAAGUGUGACUUCAUAGUUUGCCAAGACUUGAGAUACAUGUAUAUCUUUAAGAGAAAAUUAUAUCCUGUGUAAAUUGUAGCUGUAAGAUUAAACCAACUCAUUCAAUGAUUUGACACCAUUAAAAGGCUGUAUGGAAAAAGCA